GGAAGACCUCUCAGCAGUUGCUCUCGAGGGGAAGGAAGACAGUGGCGACGAGGCAGAGCUGCUUUGACGAGCAGAAAGAGAAUUCGCUGCCUCUUUUCUUCUGUCUGCUCCAUCAUCGCUCUGAGGGACAAUGGCGGCUGCGGCUGGUGCAGGUGCAAGAGACCAUGAGCAGGGCCAUGAGACGGACUCGUCUCCGUCAAGGUCUCCGUUCGGCAGACCGACGCCGCUCCUCGACGAACAACUUCUGGUCAGCAUGGCUUGACAAUGAAUGCACACCUCAUUGGAUUUCGUCCCAUGCAUGGGUCGGCUUCAUGUGUGUGUGUCGGUGCGGUGUGUCAGGUCAACAAGUUCGGUUCGCUGGCAGGGAACAUCCGCGACGCGGCGCAGAAGUUGGCUUCGAUGAGUGGCAGUGGGCAUGCCGUGAGUGAUGUCGAGAGCCUCAGCAAAGAAAUUGAGGCGAUGGUGGAGGGCAACGGGGGCAAGAUGGGGGAGACCCGGCACAGGGGCGUGCAGCUCAACUGUGGUGCGACACACAUGGAUGGAUGGAUGGAUGGUCAUUGGCUCGGCCCCGUGUGUGUGUGUGUGUGUGUCAGGCGGCCAGGUGAUCCACCUCAACACCCGCACCCUGCGCCACCCAUCCCUCAAGAAUACCUUCCUCUCAACACUGCUCCUCAAGUUCAUCGACAUGCUGCCCAAAGACGAGAGCAAGAUCGCAUACCUCGAGGUCGCACCGGCCUAUUUCUCGUGGCUGGCGGCCGAGAUGCUGCUCAUCGAGAGCGGACACCAGCACACCAUCACCCUCGACGCCCCUGAGGCUGACGACCCUUCUGUGUCUGAGUACCACACCCUCUCUCUUCACCCAGAAAGUCGGCUCAUCGGACGUCUCGCAGCUCGUCGGCGAGUCCACACCACCAGCAGCCGCGGGAGCAGCGGGAGCCUCCUCCAAGAAGCGCAAGCGUGA